AUGGCGGCAGAACCUGUAACCGAGACGAAAUCCAAGUCAACGAACCCAACACUAUGGGAGAGAACCAAAGGUUAUUCGAACACGGCGUACGAGAGGGCUUUGAAGCCCGGGUUCAACAAAGCCUACGCCGUUGUCGACAAGCUCGGAGCUCCGGUGAAUCGCUUGUCCAACAAAGUGGGCUCAGAAACAUUUUGGCCAACCUCCAUGGACAAAGAAUCCGAAAAAGCCGCGCGAAUUCUCCGAGGAUUCUGCAAAGAUGGAUUUUAUGAACAAAUCGAUGAAAAGCAGCAAAAAAAGAUUGAUGAGCGCAAUGCCACCGCCGACGGAGUGCCACGGGGCAAACAAAGGGUCAUUAAAAAAAUCCCGGCCAAGGUGAUAAAAGAGUGUGUCGGUCUGGCCAUAUUCACAACAAUGCGAACGGGCUGGCUCUUUGGAGGUUCUGGUGGUGCCGGUGUGCUGGUUGGUCGACAUCCAGAGACAGGUGAAUGGAGUCCUCCCAGCGGUAUCCAGACCCAAAACAUCGCCUUUGGCUUCCUUGGUGGAGUUGAUAUCUAUGACUCGGUCCUGGUCAUCAACACAUAUAAAGCCCUCGAAGCAUUUACCAAAUUACGGUGCACAUUAGGAACCGAGGUUGGGGUCGCAGCAGGCCCUGUGGGUAUGGGCGGUGCUCUCGACACCGAGGUGGUUAAACGACAAGCUCCAAUCUGGUCGUACGUCAAAAGUCGUGGUCUGUAUGCCGGUGUGGCUCUUGAAGGCAACCUGGUGAUCGAGCGUACCGAUGAAAACGAAAGAUUUUAUGGUGAACGUGUCGGAGUGGCGGAUAUUCUGGUUGGAAAGCUCAAACAUCCACCGGUUGAACAAUACCAGAUCCUCAUGGAUACGUUAAAAGCUGCCCAAGGCGACCCAAUCGACGACGACCUCCUCCCACAAGGAGAAGCGCCCAGUGACAUGGAACUAGCCAUAGAUGGAGGAACCUUUGGAGUUCCCGCCGAAGACGACCCCGAUCCGUAUGGUGUGAAAGCACUGGAGGCCGAAGGACUUAACAUCCGAGAAGCUGGAACUCACCAGAGACCGAGUGCCGACGCUUUUGAAUUCAGACCGUCACCCACAAGUCCGAUCUACGCACAUUUCUCCCGCAGGAGUGUUGACGGAUCGAUCAAAAGCCGGACUUGGAGAGGCAGCACCCACAGUCUGGCCAGUGUUGAUCGGGGUACUCAAACUGAUGAAGAGGAGUCAAUGAGUGCGGGACACAGUCCAAAGAGAGAUUCAUCGAGGGGUCUGGACCCUCCUAGAAAACACAGCCAACUUGUCGAUGACGACACUGAAGCUCAGAGGCUGGGAAGAAAAUCCUUUUCCGACGUGGACUCGGAUGCAGAAGUCCACACAGCAGUACCAGUGAUGGCGCGAGCCAGAAUGGUUGAAGUCCCCAAACGCCCCCCUCCAGCAUUACCACCACGAAAUCCCGGUCGAGUGGCUUCGCCUACAACAGACCCGCAACCUCCAGCGGAUGGAUUCGGCAAGAUCGACUUAAACGGGGAUUCUGAGAACAAGCAUGAUGGAGAACAUGUCGACUCGCCCACGUCAACCCGCGAUGCCGGGGAUUCAACAUUUCAUUCUAUUCCAAUAACGCCCAACGAAGAGCAAGAGCCAAAAGAGAAGCAUAAUGAUAUACCAGGAUCUUUCCAGUGA